ACAAAAGAUAGAAAAAACUGACUUAAAACCAUUUUUUAGCUGCUGAGAAUACUAGUGGCCUAAAACUUUUGUUCAGUAUAAUAUGAUUAAACAGACUAUAAGGCCUGUAUGAAUAAUAGAUUGUUUUGAACCUGAACAAAUACAUAGGCCUAUAACUUCAAAAGGACAUUUCAGUGAAACACGACUGGUAAACUGAGUUUAACCAAACCGGUAAACUCUGUGAAUAGUAUUGUUUUAUUAAACUGCUUUAAGAGCACAAUCAAGACUGUUUUGACUUUUUUUCUUCUAGUGACACAAAAUGGACAUCAAAAGAAUGAUGACUGAUGUACUUGAGGAUCUUGUGGAUAAAGAGCUCAAACAAUUCAUCUGGCAGCUGUGUAAUAAUGUGACGGCAGGCAUUGAGCCGAUUCCUCGAGCAAAGCUUCAGACUUCUGAUCGUGAGGAUGUGGUGGACUGCAUGGUAAAGCAGUAUCCCGAUGACGCAGUGAAGAUCGCAGUCCAAGCGCUGCGCAACAUGAAACAAAAUGAGCUCGCAAAGCGCCUUGAAUUAAAACUUCAAGAAGCUCAGCAGCCUGUGCAGGAGGAACCAAGAAAUAAUCCAGAGUCUAUGGAGCUGGAGCCCAUCCAGUCUGACUGGCACAGACCAUACAGCAUUACUGCAUGCAGCCAACAAUUUAAGCACAGACUUCUUACACAAGAGAGAAAUGAUGUUUAUAUACCAACGAGCAGGUCUCAGAGGAAAGGUUUAGCUCUGCUGAUCACCAACAUUAAAUUUGACCACUUAAGUCACAGGGAUGGUGCAGAGCAAGAUGAGGAGAACAUGGAGUGGCUGCUGACAGCUUUGGGAUACAGCGUUGAGAAACACACAAACCUCUCUGGAGAUGCAAUAAAUAUGGCAGUCAAGAACUUCUCUAAACGUCAUGAACAUCGAGACUCGGACAGCACCUUUGUGGUCAUUAUGUCUCAUGGGGAAAGAAUCCAGAAUAAAGAUGCCAUUAUAGGUGUCCGUUAUCAGAGAAAUAACCCCAAUGAUAUCUUCUUUGUUGAGGACAUCUUCUCCCAUCUUAACUCAGAGAAGUGUCCUGCUCUGAUCGAUAAACCAAAGGUUAUUCUCAUUCAGGCCUGUAAAUAUGGAGGUCUGUAUGUUAGUGACAGUGCGCCUGAAUCAGACUCCUGGGUUCACAGGGAGAAAGACUUUGUCUGCUUUAUGUCCAGCCUCCCUGAGAUUGCGGCGUACAGGGAUCCUGCCAAUGGAAGUUAUUUCAUCAUGUACAUUGUGGAUGUGUUCAGCACAAGCGCUCAUAAAUAUGGCAUUAUGGAGUUGUUCAGGAGGGUGGCGUCACGCAUGGAGAAAGACCAACGUUUCACACACGAGAUGAUGAAACUAUUGCCGUGUAUUGAAAGGACGACCCUUGUGAGGAAAUUCUACCUGUUUCCUGGACUCUAAUGAUGUGAAAUCAGUUUAGACGCAAAACCCUACAGGUGAAUAGGGUAAAAACUACAUAAAACAUCACCAUACUUCCUCAGUUGAUUAAUCACAGUACAUUUCAGAAAACUUGAAAUAUAAGACAAAUUUCUUAAUGUUGUUUAAACAUGCAAAUAAGGCAUUAUCUAACUAAAUAUUCAUGCAUUUAAAUGAAUUUCUUAAUAAUAAAAAACAGAAAUCUAAAACAUCAAAUAAAGUCAGGUUCAAUAUUCAGAAAACAACUCAAUUUGAGAAAACAACAUCUAAAGACGUAUUGUAAUUUGAGGAUUUAUGUGUGUGUGUGUUGAUUCAUUUUCUUUCUUUUAUACUCAUUCAUUUAUAAUCAUUUAUCAUUUAAUCCUUGUAUUAUCCCAUUUAAUGAUAUAAUCAUUUAAAAUAAUUUCAUUGAUUUAUUCAUUGAUUAGUCAUUUAUAUUAUAUUUUUUAUUAUAUUAUUCUUCUUCCAUUUUUGUUUAUUCUUAUGGUGUAGUUUCAAGAGAUAUUUGUGUUCAUGAGUAAGAGAUCAGAGAAUGUCUCUAUUUCAGGUUUUUUACACACACAAUGAUGUGGAGCAGUAAUUUCCCUUUGCUAUUUUUAUAACACUUGUUGGAUUUGGGCUGGUCAGAUGGAGUCUGAGCAUUGAAACAUACACUAUUCUAUAAACUCUGCUCUCCUCAGUCAACUUAUUGGUUGAUAGAAGAUUGUUAAUAGGCUACAGUUUGGGGUAGUAUAGAAACUUUUGGAUAUAAAAUGGAUAUCUAACAAACUGAAAUAAAUCCAUAUAUUAGAAUAAAAUUGGAUGUUUUCUUUCCCUAUAGUCUGAAAGAAGACACAUUAAGUAGCCCAAAAUCUACAGCUUUACCAGUGCAUGAAAAACAAUGGUUCAAUUCAAUUCAAUUCAAUUCAAUAAAAACAUAUUCUAUACACAGUAUAAUAAGUGGAAUUAUAAUUUUAUGCAUUUUUCACUUUUGUUUACUUAAACAUUUCAUUUAACAAAAUUAUCUUAUAUACUACACUAUUGCCAUAUUACUGUAUUAACCAUAAGUUAACUGCCAAGGAGUCGCCUUCAUGCAGUAUAGUGACAAUGUGCACUAAUGUUUCCAUCAGCUGGCUCAAAGAACCUCUAUUGCGUAUCUUGUUUGUUUGAGAAGUUUGAUAAAAGUGCAAAUUAAUCAA